GUUAUUCAGUACGCGUGCGCGCGCGCGCGCGCGAGAGAGAGGACUUCGAUUUUCUUUUGUAGAGGCAUUCAUUUCAGUUGAAUCAGACCAUCCGACCCCCCUCCACCGGAAGGAAUCUCUUUUAGCUUCUAGCACGACGAUUUCAGCAAUUCCGUGCACUCAAAAACCCUAGAUCUGAUACCUCACCUACCUCGUCUUUGUUCAUCUGAAUUCCUUACGUGGAUGGUUAUCUGAUCUCUUCGUUUCGUUCUCCGGAGAUUCUUCGCUGAGCAUCUCAAUUUUUGGAGUUUUCGGUUCUCGAUCCGCUGGAUCGAACAUGCCGGUGGCUGCUUCUGCUAUAUAUUUUCUGAAUCUUCGGGGUGAUGUUCUCAUCAAUCGUCUCUAUCGUGACGAUGUCGGUGGAAACAUGGUGGAUGCAUUUCGUAUGCAUAUAAUGCAAACAAAAGAACUUGGUACUUGUCCUGUUAGACAAAUUGGAGGUUGCUCUUUCUUUUACAUGAGAAUCAGCAAUGUAUAUAUUGUCAUUGUUGUCAGCAGCAAUGCCAAUGUGGCUUGUGCAUUCAAGUUUGUUGUUGAGGCUGUUGCAUUGUUCAAAUCUUAUUUUGGGGGAGCUUUUGAUGAAGAUGCAAUUCGCAAUAACUUUGUUCUGAUCUAUGAACUUUUGGAUGAAAUAAUGGACUUUGGUUACCCUCAAAAUCUUGCUCCGGAAAUUUUGAAGCUUUAUAUUACUCAAGAAGGAGUUCGCUCUCCAUUCUCAUCCAAGCCUGCAGACAAGCCGGUUCCAAAUGCAACUCUGCAAGUUACUGGUGCUGUUGGUUGGCGAAGGGAGGGCCUAGUCUACAAGAAGAAUGAGGUAUUUCUGGAUAUUGUCGAAAGUGUCAAUCUUCUCAUGUCCUCAAAAGGUAGUGUUCUGCGUUGUGAUGUGACUGGGAAGGUUCUCAUGAAGUGCUUCCUUUCUGGAAUGCCUGAUUUGAAAUUGGGUCUAAAUGACAAAAUUGGUCUUGAAAAGGAAUCACAACUUAAAUCCCGCCCCAUGAAAAGUGGCAAAACUAUUGAACUCGAUGAUGUUACUUUCCACCAUUGCGUAAACCUGACAAGGUUCAAUUCAGAGAAAACAGUCAGUUUUGUGCCGCCUGAUGGUGAAUUUGAAUUGAUGAAGUAUCGUAUUACUGAAGGUGUUAAUCUUCCGUUUCGAGUGUUGCCAACAAUCAAGGAAUUGGGUAGGACACGUAUGGAAGUAAAUGUUAAAGUGAAGAGUGUGUUUGGUGCAAAAAUGUUUGCACUUGGAGUUGUAAUCAAGGUUCCAGUGCCAAAGCAAACUGCAAAAACAAGUUUUCAAGUGACAUCCGGUCGAGCUAAGUACAAUGCUUCUAUUGAUUGCUUGGUUUGGAAAAUAAGAAAAUUUCCUGGACAAACAGAACCAACGAUGAGUGCUGAGGUUGAAUUGAUUUCCACAAUGACAGAAAAAAGGUCUUGGACCAGGCCUCCAAUUCAAAUGGAAUUCCAGGUUCCAAUGUUUACAGCAUCAGGUUUGCGGGUUAGAUUUCUCAAGGUAUGGGAGAAGAGUGGAUAUAAUACUGUUGAGUGGGUUCGUUAUAUAACAAAAGCUGGCUCUUACGAAAUUAGAUGCUAGAGAUGUAAGGCUCUUCCUUCUACACAACAUUCAUCUGGAUUCUGGAGAGAUUUUUCUUUUUUUGGAGGGGGAUGGAACAAUUUGCUACCGUGUGAAAUAGUAAGAUGAAUUUGGCAUAGUUUUGCAUUGUUGGUUCGAGAAAGAACUUUUGUUACCCCGUUGAAGAUGUAGCGUAGUGCUCUGUUUUCCUGUAUUAUUACGGCAUUGGUCUUUUUUCGGGAGUGGAAUUGUGUCCUUGUGUGUCAAUAUGAUAAUUUGGAGUGGAAGUUUAAUUAAUCUUUGUGAUGUAAAGCCUUGUAGAAUAGGACGAAGAAAAUGUUUUUCUGCUAGCUCAGCGUGGAAUUGUUUUGACAAUUUGGCAUAUUUUGCUGUCAAAUUCAUUUGAGAAAGGAGUCAUGCGUUUCUUGCAGUUGAAUC